AUGACCGACGGCGGGCACGCCAAGCCAGGCGCGGUGGACAUGGGCACCAUCACCGCCCUUAGCGUGCGGGAGCAGGUGGAAGCGCUGGCGCAGGCGCUGCUGCGGGAGUUCAUGCACCGCCGCGGCUACACGAAAACGCUGCAGACGUUUGACCGUGAGUGCCCGCGCGACGCACGCACGAUUGCCUCGCGACAGCUGAUGCGGCAGCUGCUGGAGAUCCCCGCACACGCGUUUCCCUCUCGACUGAGCGGCGACGGCGCCGCCGCGGCGGAGGACGCAGAGGGCGCGGACGGGAAGGGCAGGACGAAGAAGAAAAAGCCGCCGCCGCCAACGUACAUGGAGGAGUUGUGCUCCUACCGACUGCAGAAGCGGGAGGUGCAGCAGCGGCGGCAAGAGGCGGAGGAGCGGAGGCGCGCGGGAGCGGAGGCGGUGCCGCCGGUUGUAGACCCCAGUGAGGCGGAGAUGGAAGAGUGGCGGGCGGCGGCGGCGGAAAAGGAGCGAUGCAUUGCGGAGGCCCGCGAGCGGCGGGAGCGCAAGCAGCGCAAGCGGGAAAAAUUGAGGAGGAAGCGGGAGGAGCAGCGGCGGCAGCACGAGGAGGCGGCGGCGGCGGAGGGUGCGGGGGGUGCGGGUGGCGUGGCGCGAGCCUCCCACGACGCCGUGGCUUCCCACCGUCACGGGAUGCACUGCCUGCGCCUCGACGACGCCAACAUCGAGCUGCUGCGGCCCAUGGGCGGUAGCGGCGCGGCGCUUUGCGCCCCGGCGGAGCCGGAGGUUCUUUUCGGGCCGCUGGAUGGGCGGGGUGAGGAGCGUCCGGCGGCCCACGCAGUGGGAUCGCACUGGAUGCCGUGUGGCGGCGACCUGCCGGGGCCGGGGCGCGGCGCCCCGUUCAUCCCGGAUGCCCCCGCACCGGUGUCUUCAGCGACGGCCGGUGCCUCCGAGCGGACGCCCUCCUUCCUCGUGGGCGAAGGCAUGUCGCUCAUGUCGGAGCGAAUGCAGGCGGCAAAGAAGCGGAGUGCCUUGGAGGAUUGGCGGCCACCGGCGCCUACAGCGGCGUCGGCGUCGGCGGCGUCGUCUUUUAUAUCGCCCUUCUCCGCCGUGCGGGGCGCCGGCGGCGCCGCUGCCGCUUCUGCAUUUGGCGGUGGUGGCGGGAACCGCCUCAUGCGAGGGAGCGCCGGCUUCACACCGACGUCGGCGGCGAGUGCGUGGCCGCGGCACGCCUCGCGCGAGGGCAGCCCCGCGGCGGUGGCCCCGGCCUUUCCCUACGCCAGUGCCGGGCAGCACAUGGUGAGCCACAGCCAGGGCGGCCUCGCCCACAGUCCCUCCCCCGCCCUCGGGGAGGCGACGCCCACCCGCAGCGUCCCCCCACCGCCGGCGGGCGGCAUCCUGAAGAUGUCCGCGGAGCCGCGGCGCGGGUUUGACGGGAACGCCCGUCCCGCGUGCAGCGCAAUGCGGAAAGGUGCCCCGCCGAAGGAUGCCUCCAGCAGCAGCACGGGCAACGACGCCGCCGCCGCGGCAGGCGCAAACAACGGCACCGAAUGUGUGGACUCGUCGGGGCGAAAGAAGCGCAAGGUGACCAUUCUGGCAGACUAG